AUGGACAGCCUGGAGGGAGAGGAGCUCUGUUACCCUCUGCUCCUGAACGUGUCCUGCAGGGGUUUAAUGCGUCCUCGCUUUGAGGCCAUCCUCCUCUACACGCUUUUCUCCUCCAUCACUGUGCUCACUGUAGCUCUCAACCUUAUGGUUAUUAUCUCCAUCUCACACUUCAGACAGCUUCACACCCCCACCAACCUGCUCCUGCUCUCCCUGGCUGUCUCAGACCUCCUCGUUGGGGUUGUGGUGAUGCCGGUGGAAACCGUGCGAUUCAUAGAAACCUGCUGGUUGUUGGGCGAUGUCAUGUGUGCUCUGUCUUACAUCAUAGGCUUCACUCUCACCUCAGCGUCUGUGGGGAACAUGGUGCUCAUAUCGAUCGAUCGCUUUGUAGCUAUUUGUUAUCCUCUGCAGUACCCAAACAAAAUCACUCGCAGCAGAAUUGAGGUGUCUGUGUGCCUGUGCUGGGCCUGCUCAUUUCUCUACAAUGGCUUGAUUUUAAAGGACCAUCUCAGGCAGCCUGACAGAUACAACUCCUGCUAUGGGGAGUGUAUGGUGGUCAUUAACUAUAUCUCCGGAACUGUCGACCUUGUGUUCACAUUCAUCGGCCCCUGCUCAAUCAUCCUCAUUCUGUACAUAAGAGUGUUUAUUGUGGCAGUGUCUCAGGCUCGUGCCAUGCAGUCUCACAUUACAGCUGCUGCAGCCAGAAAAGUUCCAGUCACUGCAAAGAAGUCAGAGAGAAAAGCAGCCAGGACUCUGGGUAUUGUCAUACUGGUGUUUCUGAUGAGUUUCUGUCCAUAUUACUAUCCCUCCCUCGCAGGACAGGACAUCUCAAAUGAUGCUUCAUCUUGGGCCAUUGUGUCCUGGCUGUUGUUUUUUAAUUCUUGUUUGAACCCAAUCAUAUAUGCUUUUUUCUAUCCAUGGUUUAGAAAAGCUAUCAGGUUCAUUGUCACCCUGAAGAUACUUGAGCAGGGCUCCUCUCAGGCUAAUAUACUGUAG